UUGGAAGUCUCUGGGGGGAUCAUUAUUGCCCCUCCCGGCGGCUGAAGGAAAGUGUCAGAAAGUUCUUUGAAGGGAAGAAAAAUUAAAGAAAAUUCUUAGAGAGACGCCGAAGAGGUUUUCUGGGUCCACAACUACCAUCAUGUCUCUUCUGAGGUUUUGCUGAUAGAGAAAACAUCACCAAAGAUGCCUGAACAUUUGGAGUUGCAGCAACUUGUCGACGGUGGUCCAUUGAGGCACUCCCGGAGACGUCUAAUGUCCAUCUUUCGGUGCUCCUGCCCAUACCUUGGGAUACUCCUGGCCACCCUUUCGUCUCUCUUCUUCUCACUGUGCUCAGUGAUUGUCAAGGGAUUGGUUGAGAUUAAUCCCAUGGAGUUGGCGUCAUUCCGAUUCGUUGGGGUCCUCUUGCCAACCAUCCCAAUUGUCAUCCAGAAGCAGACUCCGAUUUUUCCAAAGGGGAAGCGAAUAAUUCUCCUGUGUAGGUGCUUUGUUGGCACAACGGGGCUCAUGCUCAGCUUCUAUGCAUUCCGUCACAUGCCUCUGGCCGAUGCGUCUGUGAUCAUUUUUUCCACACCAGUCUUCGUGGCCAUCUUUGCGAGACUCUUCCUCAAGGAGCCCUGUGGCACCUUCCAUAUCAUCACUGUCCUCCUCACCCUCCUGGGGGUGGUUCUCAUUACACGUCCACCUGCAAUUUUCGGCGAUACCGUACCCAGUCUCGUGGAUAGUCAAGUACCAGAUGGCACCAGCUACGAUCUCUGGGGCCCCGUGGCUGCACUCUCAUCCACACUCUUCGGUGCUAAUGCAUACGUCCUCCUGCGUGCCCUCAAGGGGCUCCAUUUUUCCGUUAUUAUGACCAAUUUUGGCGCCUUUGGGCUCAUCUACACCACAAUCGUCUCAUGGACAAUUGGCUCAGCCUGCCUCCCACCCUGUGGGGCAGAUCGUCUUCUCGUUGUGGCGCUCGCACUCUUCAGCUUCCUCGGACAGAUCCUCCUCACACUAUCGCUGCAAAUGGAACAAGCUGGACCCGUAGCAAUUGCCCGCAGUGCCGACAUUGUAUUCGCCUUCAUCUGGCAGGUGAUCUUCUUCCGUGAAGUACCCAACGUCUACUCCCUCCUUGGCGCUCUACUCGUCAUUAGCUGUGUCAUCCUCACGGGACUCCGGAAGUGGGUUCUCGCUCUUCCGCGUGAUUCCGCAAAGCGACAACGUUUCAGGUGGCUAGCUUUGGAAUAGGGAACCUCUCCUCAAGCAGCGGGACUCUCUCUCUAGCUCUUCUUUCGAUUUUAUUGUAUCACACCCACACAUUCUGGACUCAAGAAAAUGAUAUUUUUUUUAAUCGUAACACAAAACUCAUUCGCCAAAGAUUAGCUAGAAGAAUUAAUAAAUCUCUUAUACCAAAUAAAAUGAUUUUUUAUUU